CCUGACUUCGCUCCCCACUGCCCUGUGUCGUCCCUCCCAGCUCGGGAUCAUCUUUUCCUCGGAGGGGCCUUCAGCUCCUUCCGCGUUACCUUUGUGUGCUCAUAUCCUGUACUUUCUAGAUACCUCUCCUGCAAAUACACCUGCACCCAUUUGUCUCCCAUCCCCCACCUCUCAGCCUUUUCACAAGCCCAGUCUCUCCAGACUCCUCCGUCAAGGUUAGCUGAAAAUGACAGCCUCAGAUUACUUAGUUAAGCACCGCCCCAGCCAGCCCUCCCAGCCACAAGGGGGUGCAGUCCGCCUUUCUCUUGCCUUCACAAAGAAGACCGCUCUAGAUUCUGGGGUGGGAGGAAGGGGCGGGUCAAGGCUCGGGGGCCUGGGUGGGGUGUGUCCCAAAGGCUGGUCCUGGCCGGGAGGAGCGAGGGGGCGAAAGACCAUAGAAACGGUACUCGGCACCAACCACUCAGAGUAGUGGAGGGGCGGGGAGGGCAGCAGGAGGUUAUCCUCUAGUUAGUGCCCCUCGUCGGACCACGUGAUUGAAGAAGUCCCGCCUUCACCCUCCUGAGCCAGGUGUUCGAAUCCUGUUUCCAGAACUGGGCGUCUCAGUACCGCCGGCGUGAGGCGCCAAAGGCCUAGUCCUGGGGCUCAUGGCGGCGCCGGUGCGUCUGGGCCGGAAACGUCCGCUGCCGGUUUGCCCCAACCCGCUCUUUGUACGCUGGCUGACCGAGUGGCGGGACGAGGCAGCCAGCAGGGGGCGCCGCACACAAUUCGUGUUUCAGAAGGCGCUGCGCUCUCUCCGGCGUUAUCCACUGCCCCUGCGCAGCGGUAAAGAAGCUAAGAUCCUGCUGCAUUUCGGAGACGGGCUCUGCCGGAUGCUGGACCAGCGGCUGCAGCAGCACCAGUCAUCUGGUGGUGACCAUGCCCCAGCUUCAUCUGGAGCAAAGAGUCCAGCCCAGGAAGGACCACCUGCUGAAGUCCAGGACUCUUCCAUGCCAGUUCUGGCCCAACCCAAAGCGGGAGGCUCUGGCAGCUACUGGCCAGCUCGGCACUCAGGAGCACGAGCAGUACUGCUGCUGCUCUAUAGGGAACAUCUGAAUCCUAGUGGCCACAGCUUCCUAACCAAGGAGGAGCUGCUGCAGAGGUGUACCCAGGAGGCUCCCGGGGUAGCCCCUGGGAGUGCUCGAUCCUGGCCAGCCCUCCGCUCCCUGAUCCACAGGAACCUGGUCUUCAGGACACAACAACCGGCCAGGUACUCACUGACCCUGCAGGGUCUGGAGCUGGCCCAGAAGCUGGCCGAGUCAGAGGGCCUGAGCUUGCUGAAUAUGGGUAUCGAACCAGAGGAGCCCCCUGGGGACGAGCCAGAAGUGCCAAGAUCAUUCUCCGCUGAGCUUGGUGCCAGUGAAGGCAGUGUCCAGCAGCCACAGCUGGAGCUGAGGCCUGGAGAGUACAGGGUGCUGUUGUGUGUGGAUGUUGGCGAGACCAAGGGGGCGGGGCACAGAUCAGAGCUGAUCCGCCAGCUGCAGCGGCUGCACGUAACCCACACAGUGCGCAAGCUACACGUUGGGGACUUCGUGUGGGUGGCACAGGAGACCAGGCCCAGAGACCCGGCGAGACCUGGGGAACUAGUCCUGGACCACAUCGUGGAACGCAAGCGGCUGGAUGACCUGUGCAGCAGCAUCAUCGAUGGCCGCUUCCGGGAGCAGAAGUUCCGGCUGAAGCGCUGCGGCCUGGGGCGCAGAGUAUACCUGGUGGAGCAGCAUGGCUCAGUGCACAACCUCAGCCUUCCCGAGAGCACGCUGCUGCAGGCUGUCACCAACACUCAGGUCAUCGAUGGUUUCUUUGUAAAGCGCACAGCAGACAUUAAGGAGUCAGCUGCCUACCUGGCCCUCUUGACACGGGGCCUGGAGAGACUCUACCAGGGCCACACUCUACGCAGUCGCCCCUGGGGAAUCCCAGGGGACCCCGAAUCAGGGGCUGGCCCCUCCCCAAACCCUCUCUGCUCACUGCUCACCUUCAAUGACUUCAACAUGGGAGCCAUGAAAAACAAGGCCCAGUCCGUGAGGGAGGUGUUCGUCCGGCAGCUGGUGCAGGUGCGAGGAGUGAGUGGGGAGAAGGCAGCAGCCCUGGUGGAUCGGUACAGCACCCCUGCCAGCCUACUGGCCGCCUAUGAUGCCUGUGCCACCCCCAAGGAGCAGGAGAUGCUGCUGAGCACCGUCAAGUGUGGGCGACUGCAGAGGAAUCUGGGGCCCGCUCUGAGCAGGACCUUGGCCCAGCUUUACUGCAGCUACAGCCCCCUGACCUGAACUUUGCCAUAAGACAGACCCCAACCCCCAUCUUCCAAGGUUAGCCAGCCUUUUAACCAAUAUCUUUUAGCCUUACAAUAAAAAUCUAAGUGUUUGCAGCUUCACGUGUUAUGGAGGAGAUGCCAGGCCCUAGGGCCUUAUAAAAUAUCCAGGCAGGAACUAGGGAGCCCAUUGGGUCCGAUCGUUUUUAAACUGAGCUCCUCAAGACCUCAGGGUUCCCUAGUGGAGUACUGAGACUGGCAAGGAGCUGAAGUCGGUGAGGCGUUGCAAGUGUGAACCUAGUUUAUGUCAUUAGCGGGUCCCUGAUAAAUAAAAUUUCCUUGGAUAAAAGGUUCUGUAGCGUGGGGGGGGGGGGAAGUUUGACAAGCACUAACAGCCUAAUUGCCUCAUUUUAUGGAUUGGAAAACUGAGGCCCAGGGAGCUACCAGGGUUUGUCCAAAUUGAUAGUUUGAGGCCAAGCUGGGAUUGAAACCCCUCAGGGCCUUCCUGGCACUGUCUGGAGCGAGCUUUCUCAGGCUCCCAGCAAACCAGCCAAGUCCAUAUUUCUGCUGGGAUCUAGUCUGCAGCCUCAUUACCUCCUCCCUUCUCAGGAUGAUUCUGACGCCUCUGGUCCGUAGACCAAUCCCAGCCUUGGGGACACAGCUCCCAACUCUUGUCAAUGGGUCCCCCUCAGCCUGAGCUGACUCCCCCUUUUAGGUGGACUUGGCCCACCUCCCACAAGCCUGGCCCUUUUCCCCCGUCUGGGGUUCACUAGAGUGUUACCCACCUACCUCAGCCAUCAGGACUCCUUCUUUCUCCCUUUAUUG